CAUAAUUUAGCAGGAAAAAAAUAUGAGAAUUGUGGAAGGGGUACUUGAUUUGGAGACUAGCUGUUGUACCUUCAUCACCAGUAUAACUGGUGAAAAUUGAAUACAUAAAAAAAACGAAUGAAUGAAUGAAAGCAUUGCGAAAAAUGUUGUGUAGUUGAAACAUCGCUCAAUGCGCACCAAGUUCUCUUGUACUUUUUAUGUCGAACUACGGAUAUAAUUUAGUCUAAUCAACUUGAAUUCUAUUUACAAUUAUUCGAUAGAAAAACAUUUCUAAUUGAGAAGCGUGGGUGGGAAUGAAUUUAAGAUAAUCCUCCUCCAUCUGUAAAAUAAAAAUGAUCACUAUCACAUUGAAUGGGAACCAUUUAUAUGAAAAAGUCGGCGGGCGAGGGGCCGAUUGAGGAUCGUAUAAACCUCCAAUCGCAGACCGAAUUGUUAUUCAAAAUUGCUCCAUCUGUUUCGCCAGCCCAGGGGGCAGUGGGAGCACUUUCUUUAAUAGGUCCGGGCGUAAGAUUAAAAAUGUUAUUAAAAUGAAGAGCAAAUAGUCGGUUUCGAUUCAUAAAUGACGCAAUGAGUAAGUGACGCACUAAGCAAGUGUAGGGGAGAGGAAUAAAUCACUUAUAGUUUCAAUGUGGUGUAUUUGCGAAGAGAAAAGUGGAAGGAAAAAGAUAAACAAAUUGAAUAAAAAAAUUGUUAUUCUACAAUGUUUCUUAGCGCAGAAUUUUAGCGUGAUUAGACUAGCAUUACAAUCCGAUUAGAUGCAAUUAGGUCAGAGUGUUUUAAAAAAUGAUAUCUCAAUGUAAUCUGCUUUAUGUAAAUUUACUAAAACCACCUACCUUUGUUCCGUGUGUGCGGCUGUACGGACGCUUUUGUAUUCCGUUUUUUUUUCUUACAAGCCUACAACUUAUUGUUUCUGAUAGUAAAAAAAAGCAUUCCUAUUUCACAGAGAGAGGUCUCUAUAUUUAUUAAACAAAAAUGAGAACUUUAAGUUCACCUCGCGUUUACGAUAGUCGAAUUAAAUCUCCUGGGGAUACGUACAAUGCUGGAGGGCUGACUAAAUUGGCCAAAGACCCCUUAACACUUGAACAAGUAGCAUCGAUUCAAAGCUACGUAGGUUUGCAGCUUGUCAAGUAAACUAGCUUGACUCAAAAAGGAUGGGAAAACUUCAAAGCCCCUUAAAGUUAUCUCGCCUCGGUCUUGUGAUUUUUCUCGCUAUAGCUGUCACAAGUACGAGAUCUUACCGAGCCCACUUCUCACAUGCCAAUCAUGCUCCGAACUAUUAUCGAUUGUACCAACCAGGUGAUAUAAUCAUCGGAGGUCUAGCCCGACUGCAUAGAGAAAACCUCUCAAACCCUUGCGCAUCUUUCUACACACCUGGACUUGGUAGGGUCCAAGCCAUGAUUUACGCCGUCAACAAAAUCAACGCAGACCCCCACAUUCUCCCUCCAAACGUAACCUUGGGGCUCGACAUCAGAGAUUUCUGUCAAGACCCUAUCAAGGCGGCCAGGCAUGCGUACAUCUUUGCUCUUGCUUCUAAUCUCAACUGCGCAUGCGUCAAAUGCACGCCAGACCAACGAUGCACAUGUAUAACAUACGGGACAUGCGAGGCUUCCAUGAAUGAGAGCGUGUCAUAUCCCAUUGCCGCCAUUGUGGGCGCCCUCACGUCGAGAGCCGCGUUACCACUGGCUAAUUUCCUUCAGGCAGUUCGAAUUCCACUUGUGGACGCUUCGGCGACAAGCGAAGAACUCAGCUCGCCACUCUAUAAGACCUUCUUUCGCACCAUUCCUCCCGACGUGAACCAGGCAAAGGCAGUAGCCGAUAUAAUCGACUUGUAUCAGUGGAGGUACGUUGCUGCAGUAGCGGUUGAGGACUCCUACGGAAGACACGGAGUACGUGCUUUAGACCGCGAGUCACAAGAGCGCGGUACUUUCUGCAUUGAAGUGCUUGGCUUCAUCCACAUAUCAAACUACGCCUGGAGACUGCGCUCCAUCGUAUCCGUUUUAAAAAACCGGUCAAGUAUUAAGGUCAUUAUCGUUUGGAGCCACGCCUUCCAGGGGCGCGAUCUGCUGAUAGAAGCGGCGCGACAAGGGCUAACGGGACGAGUAUGGAUAUUUAGUGAGGCUUUCGCUAUGGUGAAGCCAGAGUUUCUUCCAUCAAAUGCGGGCAUCGAGACCACAGGUAUCCAUCUAGGGGUUCAGCUGCCUCGCAUCUCAAGCCUCGCCGGUUACCGUGACUUCCUGGAGGCUAAGCUAAAACAGGACCGGAGUACAGCGCAUCCUUGGUGGCACGAGUUUUGGGAUCACAUGACCAAUGAGUAUUGCUCCACGGCGGCUAACAUGCGGGAAUGCAGCAAUAACAUAUCCGCUGACAUACUCAUCGAGAGCAUGAUGGACGAGUUUGUGCCAUACGUAAUCGAUACAGUAUACGCUGUCGCGCAUGCGCUGAAUAGUAUGCAUCAAUGUAAAGCCAGCGACAGCGAUCACGUCCCACAUGGUAAAGGAUGCCCAGAAGUUGACCCUGUGGUGAAGCCUUUUGAGGUGGCGCAAUACCUAAGGCAUGUCAGCUUUGAGGGAAGUACAGGUCACGUGACCUUGGAUGAGAAUGGUGACCCAAAGCAUGCGUUUUAUGAUAUUGGCUACUUUGACUUCCGGUUAAGCAACACAAGUGUAACUCUAAAGAAAGUAUUGGUCGGAUCGUGGGAUAAAAAACGCAAUGAUAAAAUAUAUAUGAAUACAUCUUCCAUCUCAUGGCAAAAAUUACAUAACAGUAAAGAUGAGGUCGCGGAAGGUCUCAGAAAGGACGCACUCGGUCGCGAUAUUCCUCCGAGUUCGGAGUGUGUAGCAGAGUGUAAACCGGGGGAGUGGAAAGCAGUGACUAAUCACUGCUGCUGGAAGUGCUUCAAGUGCCCGGAUGGUAGCAUUAGCGUGACAUAUGGCGUGACCAACUGUACGGAGUGUACAGUCACGCAGGCAUCAAACUCUCAGAGGACACUUUGCAUCGAUCUACAAGUCCUCAACAUCCAAUGGACAAACUUCAGCGCUGUGGCACUACAGGUACUAAUAGCAGUAGGCCUUGGGCUUGUCAUCGUCACUUGUUACCACUUCAUCCGCCAUCGCAUGUCACCUAUUGUGAAGGCUUCCAAUAAAAUCUACAGUUUUGUGUUGCUGCUGGGGAUUGCGCUUGGAUUCGCGGUUGCGUUGCUUUACAUCUUCGUGCCGUCGGAUACACUUUGUUCUAUCCUAAAGCCCGUGCGCUUCGUCAUCUACACACUGGUGUGCUCGGCGCUGUUCCUGAAAACCAUGCAGAUAGUGCAUGCAUUCAACGUGUCGCGCAUCAAGAACUGGAUCGGCGUAUUUAUCUGCAGCACAAAGCGACAAGUCCUUGCCCUUCUCGCCGUUCUUAGCAUCCAAGUCCUCUUAGCGGCCGUCUGGAUAGUCUUCGAUCCGCCCUACGUGCAUCGGACCAUCGCCCCCAAAUCCCACGUGCUGUACACGUGCAAGCCGUACAAACAUGUGAUUGGACAAGUCCUUGAGAACCUCAUGCUUGCCUAUGUACUCUCAAUGGCCGCGCUCUGCACGUACUACGCAUUCCGCGCCAGAAAUCUCCCCGCAAACUUCAACGAGGCCAAAUACAUCAGUUUCUCGCUGUACAUUUUUCUUCUCUCAUGGAUUGUUUACCAGCCCAUUGAUUAUGCCCUUGAGGGGUGGUAUGUGGCGGUUUUGUCCGCGGCAACGAUAUUGCUGAGCUCGUAUGGACUUCUAGGUUGUGUUUUCGCACCGAAGAUCUUCAUCAUCGUAUUCCGCCCUAACAAAAACACGGCGGAGUUCGUACGCACAGAGCUACGGAACAAGUCUUGUAAUCACAGCUCGCAUUACUCGGGUUCGCCAGUCUAGUUUUGCAUGUAAAGCAACAAAGUUAUUAUGGAAACAAUAAACAGCGGCAACCAGAAAUGUAAAACGACCAAAACAAAUAAUUAUGAAACAAGUCAACAACUGAAAGCGGAGUUGUAGAUAAGUGCAACAGAGAAUAUUAGAACUCACUGAGUCAGGACAAGUGCCUGGUUCGACUCAUACAGUCUAUGACACAUUCUAUUUACAAUUUUUUCAGUAGCUGUUUCUUUUUCAGUACUUGCUAUUUGUAGCGAACUGGAAUUUAUGCAUUCGUCAGGAGGGUUCCUUUUUUGAUCAAAUCUGGUAGAUAGAAAGGCUGCAGUCCUAACUAUUGAACCAGUACAGUCAAAGUCUGGAGAACAGUUACGACACCUUAUAAUCUCCGUCCGUUGUUUUUAAAUAAAUGAAACUUGGUAUUAAAA